GAAGGGAGAAAGAUUAAAAUGGUAAAUUCAUAGGAUAAUGACAUAAAUUGAAGGCAAAAAAAUGGAACAAAUUGAAAAGUAAGACCAAAUUUGGAAAUGACUAUCGGUACCAUAUUCCCGUAUAAUAACCUACAUUCUUAGUAGACAUAACAAAAUUCCCCUCGUCUGUUUUCCCAUCAUCCAUCCAUAAUCAGUUUUCCUUUCACCAAAAAUGCCCGCCGUCUCUCCGCUGCCUAUCUCUGAAGCAGAUUCCGGCCACCGUCUCUUCUCUCGCAUCCGCCUCGCCACCCCUUCCGAUGUCCCUAACAUUCACAAGCUAAUCCACCAAAUGGCCGUCUACGAACACCUCACCCAUCUCUUCUCCGCCACCGAAUCGGAUCUCUCCGCCAAUCUCUUCUCUUCGCUGCCGUUCCUCUCCGUCACAGUCUUCAUUGUCGAAGCCUCUCCCUAUCCCUUCCCUCAAAACUCUCCUCACAAUCGUAACCCUAAUUAUAGCCCUGUCGUUGGUGUGGCAGACUUGGAGGUCCCGGUGGCCGAUCCGGAGAGGGAAAAUUUCAAAUCGGAAGGUGAGGAGGAUGUUGUGGUGGCCGGAUAUGCUCUGUUUUUCCCUAAUUUUCCGUCGUUCUUGGGAAAACAGGGAUUGUAUGUGGAACAUUUAUUCAUAAGAGAGUGUUACCGGAGGAAGGGAUUGGGGAAAAUGUUGGUGUCGGCGGUGGCAGAGCAGGCGAUAAAAAUGGAUUGCUGUGGAGUUAAUUGGGUGGUGCUUGAUUGGAAUGUGAAUGCAAUUCGAUUUUACGAGGAAAUUGGGGCUCAGAUCGUUCCUGGAUGGACAAGCUGCCGCCUCACCGGCGAGGCCCUUCGGGCUAGCGCCAACGCUACCUGAAAAUAAAGAAUUUCAUUCAAAGCUUAAAAUUGGGAAUUAGUUUGAAAUAAAAAUUCAGUUGAUGGUUUAUAAUUAGAAUUUAAUACUUACAGACUAGAGGCUAUGAGAAAAGAAUUUUUACAUUUUUAUUUUAUAUUUCUAUUUUAUCUUUGGUUGCAUCUAUUCGGAGGGUUAUACUUAAAGUGGUGUAUUCUUCCAUGUGUAAGUGUGAUUUAAACUAUUAAACAUCACAAUAAGGUGAUAGAGACGGUUUGAACAA